UGAGGAUCUUUGAGAAGUGAAAAAAUGAUCUAGUCGAGUAAAAGCAACUAAACGUUCUCAACCUUCAUAGCAUAGCAUUUGGAAAACAAUAAAAAUAAUUCUUAAAAACUUAAAAAUAGGAAAAGCAGACAAUCCAGCUGUUUCAACUGCUGUGGAUCUGAUUACCAAAGACUGCCUUUUUAUAACUGCAUUUGUUUUUGUGUUCCCACACAGUGUUUUUGUAUGUAUUUGCUAAAAAACCUAUUUGGAAUAAACCAGCAAUCCUGAACGUGAUUCUUUUCUUAGCUCUGGAGUGGUUCUAGACACGGUCCUGCCACCUCAGUAGAGACAAGUUAAUGUCAUGCAGAAAUAAAAUCCAAGCUGGGCCCAGCCCUCUGAUUCAGGAGAAGUAUGAAUUUCUUUAUUCAAGAGAAGGUAGAAAAAUGAACCAGCUCUGAAAUGUUCACAGAAAUCAUGAAAAUCUCGAGUGGUUGUAAAAAAUGUUCCUUUUGCCAUUCAAGCAGCUGCGCUUGUUUUCACCGGUUGUCAUCCGGCUCUUUAGUGAAGAGCUACUUUGGAAACUGUAAUCCCUUGGAGUUGUUUGUUCAGUUCCCUUUGUUUUAAUUGACAAGCUUAAGCAGUUGAAAGGAGAGGGUAGGAGGGAAUUGAUCUUAGCACACUUGUGGGGCAUCUCCUCCUGUAAUUCACAUAAUUAAAAGGUCUCUGACGUGUGGCUUUACUUAUUUAUUUAUGGGUUUAAGCUUGUUUCUGCUCAAGCGCAACUCUGGUGAGACAAGGUUUGGGGGUUUUUUGUUUGGUUUUUGGCUUUUGUAUGUGUGGUGGUGUUUGUUUGUUUGUUUUCCCAAUGCAGGUUGUUUGCAAACUUUGGAGCCCAAAAGGUACAGCUGCUCUAAAAAUAACACAGGAUGCAAGAACUGGUUUGGGAAGAUCUCUCUCUGCCCCGAGUCCAGAGGCAUCCCCUGAACUGCUGCCAUUAGAGGAGAAGUUUGCCUUGUAAACAGAGCUGGCCUAAUUUCUAGAGGUGCUGAACAUCCACCUGCGGCGCUUGCUGGGUGACGUCCCCAGUGACCCGGUGCUUUGCUUCCAGAGGAGGCCAGUCGUCUUGCUGGCCCAGCGCAGAGAUCCCCAGAAGGUUUUGCAUGGAAGUUAGAGAGGAAGAAACCUGGCAGCAGGUCCCCGAAUAUGGCUGGGAUGGGGUCACAGGCAAGAACCAACCCAACCCAUGCAAGAGACACCAUGAUUCCUGGUAACCGAAUGCUGAUGGUCAUCCUACUAUGCCAAGUCCUGCUAGGAGGUACUAACCAUGCUAGCCUGAUACCGGAGACCGGCAGGAAGAAAAUCGCAGAGCUUCAGGGACAAGCCGGACCCGGACGCCGCUCUGCCCAAAGCCAUGAACUCUUGCGGGGUUUCGAAACAACUCUGCUGCAGAUGUUUGGGCUGCGAAGGCGGCCUCAGCCCAGCAAAUCAGCCGUCAUUCCUAGUUACAUGCUGGAUCUCUAUCGACUGCAGUCUGGAGAAGAGGAGGAAAACCUCCAGGAAAUUAGCCUGCAGUACCCUGAGCGAUCGACCAGCCGGGCAAACACCGUGAGGAGUUUCCACCAUGAAGAGCACCUGGAGAGCAUCCCGGGUCCCAGCGAGACGCCCUGGAUCCGCUUCGUCUUCAACCUCAGCAGCGUGCCGGAAAACGAGGUGAUCUCCUCGGCAGAGCUGCGGCUGUACCGGGAGCAGGUGGAGGAGCCGAGCGCGGCGUGGGAGAGGGGCUUCCACCGGAUAAACAUUUACGAAGUGAUGAAGCCGCUGUCGGAGCGCGCUCAGGCCAUUACGCGCCUGUUGGACACGCGUCUGGUGCACCACAACGUGACGCGCUGGGAGAGCUUUGAUGUGAGCCCGGCCGUGAUCCGGUGGACCAAGGACAAGCAACCGAACCACGGGCUGGUGAUCGAGGUGACCCACCUCCACCACGCACAGACUCAUCAGGGCAAACACGUCAGGAUUAGCCGAUCUUUACCUCAAGGGCGCGGGGACUGGGCUCAGCUCAGGCCGCUCCUGGUCACUUUUGGGCACGACGGGCGAGGCCACGCGCUGACCCGCAGAGCUCGCCGGAGCCCCAAACACCAGCGUUCCCGCAAGAACAAAAAAAACUGCCGCCGCCAUGCCCUCUAUGUGGAUUUCAGCGACGUGGGCUGGAACGACUGGAUCGUGGCACCCCCGGGGUACCAGGCGUUUUACUGCCACGGGGACUGUCCCUUCCCUCUGGCCGACCACCUCAACUCCACCAACCACGCCAUCGUGCAGACGCUGGUGAACUCGGUGAACUCCAGCAUCCCCAAGGCCUGCUGCGUGCCCACGGAGCUGAGCGCCAUUUCCAUGCUCUACCUGGAUGAGUAUGACAAGGUGGUCCUGAAAAACUACCAGGAGAUGGUGGUGGAGGGGUGCGGGUGCCGCUGACCCCCCUUCCCCGCCACCUUCUCCCCCCCUUCUCUCUCCCUCCCGUCCCACCCCAGAACUGCUUGCUAUAGCUGGACUCUUCUCUAAACUAAACAUUCACCUUGACCUUAUUUAUGACUUUAUGUGCAAAUGUUUUUUUUGACAAUAAUGAUCAUAUAUUUUGACAAAAUAUAUUUAUAACUACAUAUUAAAAGAAAAAAAUAAAAUGAGUCAUUAUUUUAAAGGUAAA